AUGAACAAUCUUUGGACCCAAACAUGGGACGUGUCUCGAAGCUUCGCUCCUCCACCCAGGCCGGGGGCCGCGGGAGGACCGGGAGCAUCAGCUGUCGCACCGGCAGGCCCGGAUUUCACGGCGUUCAACGCGGAGGUGUCGGCGAUCGAGGAGGAGAUUAAGAAGGCAAAUAAUGACGUCAGCGAUGUGCGAAACGCGCACAACCUGACGUUGCAGGAGGCGCGCGCGGAGAAGCUCGAGGAGCUCCGGAAAGACGCGGCGCGGUCGUCCGCGCAGGCCAAGAAUCGCACCAAGAAGAUUAAGAAGAUGCUGGAGGAGCUGAAGCUGAACAACGAGGCGAAUCGCAUGCGACCCGGAAGCGGUCCGGGAACCGCGGAGGAUCGACACCGGACGAACAUUACCGUUGGAUUGGCGGAGCGCCUGCGCGGGCUGCACCGGCUGGUGCUGGUGGUCGAAGAGGAGAUUCAGAACGAGAGCCGGAAGAAAUUACAGCGACAUUUGUUCAUGGUGACGGGGAAACCGGCGACCGACGAGAUGCUGGAUGAGAUUAUCGAGCACGGGCAGAGCGAGGAUGUGCUGAAAAGGGCUGUGCAGAUGCAAGGCCGCGAUGCGCAGAUCAACGAAGACCAGCUGCGAGACGCCGUCGUGGAUAUUGACGAAAAGAUGGACGUGGUGUUGGAAGUUACCAAAGGCAUGGUGGAGCUACAGAACAUGUUCAUGGAUAUGGCGAUUAUGGUAGAAGAGCAGGGAGCGUAUCUGAAUCGAAUCGACGAUGACGUGAAUGCGGCGAAAUCUCACAUCGUGACUGCGGCAAAAGACCUCGAGAAAGCCGAGAAGAUCCAGAGCAACACGCGACACACGUACUGGCUGAUCGUAUCCAUUGUGUUAAUAAUCGCCGCCAUUAUCGUGGCGUCCGUCGCGUCGCUCAUCGUGUCCGCGGCGCCGGAGAGCUCGCGCGGCGCCGUCAUCGGCGUGGUGGUGGUCGCGGAGAUUGCGCUUAUAGCGGGGGCUACGGUCUUCUGUCCGUUCGCGGAGAUCGCUAAGCUUGGCGUCUAA